AUGUUUCCCCACGAAGAAGGAGACGAACGCGAAAUAAAUGAACGCGAACCCCUUCUCGCGCCUCUCACCGAACCGACUGCAAUUUGUAACGCCUUGAUCACGGGAUCGCAAGUAUUUAAAUCCUCAGAUCUAGAUCCAGAUCAUGAAGCAGAAGGAAGAGAACGAGCAGAAAAUGAAGAUGAUGACGAUACUCCUCUUCCCCUAGGACAAAUCUUCAGUCUCUGCUAUGUUCGACUCGUGGAACCCAUUGCAUUUUACUCCAUCUUUGCUUUUCUCAAUCAGAUGUUGUGGGAGAUUGGAGAUAUAGGAAAGGGAGAAGUGGGGUUUUACUCGGGUGUGAUUGAAUCAUUAUUUUCCAUCACAGAAAUGACACUCAUGGUCCACUGGGGACGCGCUUCGGAUAAAUUCGGUCGUAAACCCAUCAUGAUCGCUUCGCUUCUGGGAAUCUCGCUCGCGACUGGGGUUUUUGGAUUCGGGAGGGGUAUUUGGCAAUUGGUUAUUUUUCGAUGUGUUGCAGGACUUUUCGCUGGGACAAUCGUUUAUUUUUCCGUCGCUGGAAACAUGGGAAUACUUAUUGGACCUUUGAUAGGUGGUGCGCUCUCAGAACCAGCAAAACAAUAUCCAUCUCUGUUUAGCGGUAUCAGAUUUUUCGAAGAAUUUCCUUUUGCGCUUCCUACCAUCUGUACUGGAUUAUUUGCCUUGAGUGCAGCGUUUAUUGCUAUGUUUUUAAUUAAAGAGACACUGGGAAAAAAGUCCUUUCAAAAAGUAGGAGCACAUGAUGGAAUGACUACGCGAGAACUUCUGAACUAUCCGGGCGUGGCAAGAUGUGUUUAUAUCUACUGUCAUCUAAGUCUCAUGAGCACAGUCUAUACAUCUGUUCUCCCAGUCUUCUGGUUCACACCUAUCUCUUUGGGCGGCCUCGGUUUCACACCUCUUCGCAUAUCUCUCUUCAUGGCGCUCACCGGUUGCUCCCAAGCUUUCUGGAUGAUCGUAGUUUUUCCUCCCCUACAUAAACGUAUCGGAACCAUCGGUAUCCUACGCGCAUGUGCUUUUUUCUGGCCAGUCCUCUUUAGCUUUUGUCCUUUUGCAAAUUUCAUGUUGAGGAUGGGUUGGGAGACGGCGUUUUGGAUCGUGUAUCCGUUAAGUAUUGCUUUGGGGGUGGGUGUUAGUAUGGCGUUUACCUGCGGCCAACUAGCCCUAAACGACAUCGCGCCCUCCUCCCAAACGCUCGGCACCCUCAACAGCAUCGCACUCGCCGUAACAAGCGGUACCCGUGCAUUCGUACCCGCUCUUUUCACCGUUAUCUUCGCAUAUGGAGUUACGCAUCAGAUUCUCUGGGGAUAUUUUAUUUGGGUUUUUGAAGUGUUAGUUGCGCUGGGAUUGGUUAUUGCGGUGCCAUUUUUGCCAAAAGAGGCGCAUGGGAGGGGGAAGAUCUGA